AUGUUCAACUCUUUUCUCGCGCAGUUCGGCCAGAGACAGGUCGCCAACGUCUUGAACAACGCGUUCAACGCGAGUGCGCACUCGGUCAACGCCGCCAUGGCCGCAGCUAUGAUGAACCAGCCCGCACAGCGAUUUUUCCACGCAGCCAUGAACACGCCCUCGAUGAUGGAGAUGACCCAUCCGGCAAUGACUCAACCUACCCAACAGCUUCAAUUACACGUGGGACAGCCUCUUACGAAGAAGCUGUCUACCGCACAAAGCAGGAUUGAGAAGCGGAAGCAAUUGAAAAAGCAAGGUCCCAAGCGUCCCUCGUCAGCCUAUUUCCUGUUCUCAAUGGAUGUGAGAGAGGAAUUGAUCAGACAAUACCCAGAUGCAAAAGUACCUGAGCUAUCAAAAUUGGCUUCAGCCAAAUGGAAAGAGAUGACGGAUGAGGACAAAAAGCCAUACCACGAAAAGUUCAAGGCGAACUGGGAGAAAUACCGGAUUGCAAGAAAGGAAUACGAAUCUACUUUGCCUCCAAAGAGACCUUCGGGCCCAUUCAUCCAGUUCACCCAAGAAGUCAGACCUCAAAUUGUUCGUGACAACCCCGAUAAGGAUCUUAUCGAAAUAACAAAGCUAAUUGGCGAGAGAUGGCGUUCGUUAUCCGCAGACGAGAAACAACAAUACACCAAUUCUUACAAGAAGAAGCUAAGGGAAUGGGAACAACAGUAUCCAGAAGAAGCUGCUGCCGAUGCAGGCAGACCUCAAGGUACUGAGUAA